AUGUUCAAACGAUCAGUUUCUAAAUAUGGAAUUUAUGAUACAAAAUAUGUUGAUGAUGAUGAUUCAAAAACAUUUACUAUUCUUUUGAAAACAACAUCAUAUCCAGGAAAAGUGAUCAAGAAAAUUGAAGACCUGAAUCAUUUUAGCAAAAGAAUGAAACGUCAAUUAAAAACAAAAAAACGUGAAUAUGGACGAAAAAAAUUAUCUGAUGGUAAAACUAUUAGUGGUAAAAAUCGUCUUUCCAAUAAAAUCGAUUGGUGUGGUUAUUUAAAAGCUGCUCGUGAUGGAACAUCAUAUGGCCAUAAACCACAUGCUUUACCUCGUCCUGUUCUUGAUGCAAACAAACCUGUUUUUGACAACAUUAGCUCUCGGGAAAGUCUUGCACGAGUGGUCGAUGCAUUAGGUCAGAAUCCAAACGACGGCUUUCAUUCGCUUGUCUGGUUUAUGUCACCAAAACACAAAACAACAUCUGGGACAACAUUUGAAAUUGCUUGCCAUCUUGCAAUAGUAAUAUUUAAUGGUGGAUAUUUUGCAUUAGAUCUUUUCAACAACAUGUGUGAUUGUCGUGGUUAUUAUACCGAUCAAGCAAUGAUUCCCUUAGACAACAGUCGUCUCAACUCAGAAUCAAAAACAAAUAAUAGAAAAACAAGAAAAGAAGCUGGUCGUGAUGUACAGGAAAAUGUUGAUAAUGAUCAAACAAAUAAUAGCAAUAAUGCACCCGGUAAUGAUGAUAAAACAACAGAUGGUGAUGAACAAACGGAUGAUGAUUAUCAUCAAACAAAUCCGGUUGAUCAACCAACAACUCAAGAUAAUGAAACAAUUACUGAUAAUGAUGAACAUAUUACGAUGAUAAUGAUACAACAUAAAGAAGAAACACUUCUUAAUCCUGAUACAAGAACAAAUGAAAUUCUCGAAACCAAUGAUGGCAGUAGUGAUGACGAAGAUGGUUACUAUAAUCCAAGAGACAAAAGAAGUUAUACCACUGCAAAUAUAAUUCUUUCAUCGCCUCAUGCUGGCAGUGACAUGCCAGAAGAUGUGCCCGAUCGUACGAUAGGUGGUUGUCGACGAGCAAACUCAACUGUAUGUUCAUUUCAAUUUGAUGAUCCAUGUGACGACGGUGUGCGUUGUCCAGUUACUACAGUACAAGACUUUGCAAUGGAUGAUCGAUUCGCCGAGGAUGUAGCCGAUCAAUUAAAUCAAACGUAUGCUAUUAUACCAUUUCUUGUUGUCGCCAAAUGGAAUCGCAAGAAGAUUGAUUUUAAUCGGGAAAUGAAUGAAGCGACUUUCAAUCAUCUGGAAGCGAUUAAAUCGUACCGUAGUUAUCAUGAUUAUUUAGAAGAAGCCAUUGCUACCAUUGAGAGAAAAUUUCAUGGCCAAGGUUUACUUCUCGAUGUUCAUCAACAUGCACAAGGAAAGUAG